GAUCUGAGGAGAGGCGGUGCGUAAACAAGAGUGCGGGCGAAGAUGGCGUCGGGGAAGAAGAGUGGAAACGGCAGAUUUGAGAAGGGUGUGAAUGGGAGGCGCUCGUCCAAACAUAAAGAAGGGCCAGUGGUGAUGGACACCAAGGCGGUGUUUGCAGCCUUAUACAGCGUGUGCGAGGAAAACGCCACGUUCUUCUCAGGAGGGGCGAAGGGGACCCAGGGCGAGGCUGCUCGGCGGCUGGUGGACUCCAUGACGCUGAUCCAGGAGCACGCUCGCAGCCUGGAGCCCGUCAUCACUGGCUUUGCCGCCAUCUACCACCACUUUGACUUUGACCCUCACAUACCCGCCAAUGGCUACCGCUCACUGGUCAAGGUCGUGCGGUGCUGCGUUCUCCACAUCAUCCACAAGGGUCGCUAUAUCUCCGCCAACCGCCGCAGCAUCUUUUUCCGGGCGGCGCACAACGCCGGGGAAAUGGAGGCCUACUGCAGCGCCCUUUGCCAGCUGCGUGCCCUGCUGUACCUGGCCCAGCGUCUCCUCCAUGACAACAGCCACGGCAACCUCUUCUUCCAGGAGGAGAGCGGCCUCAGCCAGACCUUCGUCCGCGAGUACUCCUCCAUGCACAAGGGCUGCUUCUAUGGCCGCUGCCUGGGCUUUCAGUUUACUCCGGCCAUCCGGCCCUUCCUGCAGACCAUCGCCAUCGGCCUGGUGGCCUUCGGAGAAAACUACAAACGGCACCAGUCUGGAAUCGGCAUAGCAGCCAGCUCUCUUUUUACCUCAGGAAAGUACGCCAUUGAUCCAGAGUUGAGGGGGGCAGAAUUUGAACGCAUCACCCAGAACUUGGACGUCCACUUCUGGAAGACCUUCUGGAACAUCACAGAAACUGAGGUUCUAUCAAGUCUGGCCAGUAUGACAUCCACUACGGUCAAGGUGAACCGUGCCCUCUCUGUGCCCCCUGUGCCCUUUGACCUCCCUUUAGCGGUCAACCCCAAAGCCUCGGUAACCAUAGCUCCGCCGUCGGCUCACCUUGGACCCGCCCCCGUCCAGCUGAGGCUCAUCUCCUACGACCUACGCGAAGGGCAGGACAGCGAGGCUCUUCUGUCUCUCUCCCGGUACGAGGGGGGUGCCAUUUCUCUGUCACUGGGGCUGAAGACCAAGCGCGUCCCUCCAUCUCCCUGCCUCCUGGUCCACCUCCAUGGGGGUGGCUUCGUGGCGCAGACCUCCAAGUCCCAUGAGCCCUACCUGAAGAGCUGGUCUCAGGACCUGGGCGUCCCCAUCCUGUCCGUGGAUUACUCCCUGGCCCCCGAGGCCCCCUUUCCCAGAGCCUUGGAGGAGUGUUUCUACGCGUACUGCUGGGCCCUCAAGAACCACCACCUCCUGGGUUGGACGGGGGAGACCGUCUGCUUGGUCGGCGACAGUGCGGGCGGCAACCUGUGCAUGACGACUUCCAUGCGCGCCGCCGCCCAUGGUGUGCGUAUGCCAGAUGGCAUCGUGGCGGCCUACCCGGCCACGUUGCUCACCGCCUACGCGUCGCCCUCUCGGCUGCUCACGCUGAUGGACCCCCUGCUGCCGCUCAGUGUGCUCUCCAGGUGUCUAAGCGCCUACGCAGGCAAUGAGCCCCAGACAGAGAAGCAGGUGGAGAAGGUGAGCACGCUGAGCCUGGUGAAGAGGGACACGGCCCUGCUGCUCCGAGACUUCCGACAGGGGGCCUCCAACUGGAUCCACUCUCUUCUGGAUCCCAGCAGAGCUUCCACCUCCGCCUCCGCUGGCGCAGGUGCAGAGGCGGAGGCGGGGGCUCCUCCACCAGGAGCUACCGACGCAAUGAGGAAGAGCAUAUCGGAGGCGUCCAUCUCCUCCCCACAUUCGGACCCCCCCGUGCCCCUGGAGCCCGCGGAGUUCUCAGCCGGGAAGGGGUCUGUGAAGAGCCAAACCUGCCAGAACCUGAGCGCCCUCCAUAACCCCGCCCCCUCCCCCAGCUCGCCGCUGCUCUCGGAACGUGCGCCGGAAGAUGUCAGAUUCGUCCUCUACAAGGAAGAGGAUCCCUCCGUGUCCAGUGCCCUGUCCUCAGUGGCGAUACCUCCGCCGCCUGGUGGUGAGGAAGGGUCAGAGCGAGAGUUCCCCCUGGGUUUUGAGCCCAUACGCACAGAGAAGCUGGCUGAGAUGAAAGUGGAGACCUCAGCAGUGGUCAGGGACCCCUACUGCUCUCCUCUCUUGGCCCCUGACAGCAUGCUGAAAGGACUGCCACCUAUACACAUUGUGGCUUGUGCGCUGGACCCCAUGCUGGACGACUCGGUGAUGUUUGCCAAGCGCCUGAGGAGCGUGGGGCAGCCCAUUACUCUCUGCGUGGUGGACGACCUGCCCCACGGCUUCCUCAGCCUAUCGCAGCUCUCCAGGGAAACCCGGGAGGCCGCCAACAUCUGCGUGGAGAGAAUCCGCGUCGUCUUCACCCAGAAGGCCACGCCCCCCGAGCCACGCAAGCACCGCAAACUGGAACGGACCAACCGGGGCGCCUCCGUCUCUUCGGGGGAGGCCAGUUCCCUCUUUGCUGGCUCGAUCGGGGAAGAGGCGAUCGAAAGGGAUGUUAAAGUUGCCGAGGAAGAAGCGCUGGUUGCCUCGGCAGCUCAAAAUAACACAGACGUUGGCGGCAUUGGGGCUUGAAUAGUAGGGGUUGGCUCGAUGAGAGAGAGAGAGAUGGCGCUGCUCUCCUAAGAAAAGAAGAGGAGAGCGAGAGAGUAAACGAAGGUCGGGUGGAAUUAGGCGAUGCAAAGCCUAAGAGGGUUGAGUAAGGGCACCAGAAGUGUGAGUUAGGAAGUUUGGAGAUUGCCCCGUUUUCCAGAGAUUCGAACAAAGGCGGUGAAGGAACACCGAAAUACAAACGCUUCUUCGUCUGCAUUAGAAAUCCCUUGCUGCUUGAUAUUGCACACAGCCUCAAACCUCUGGCUGGCAGACAAAACAAACACGCCCACAAAAAAAAAAAACCAACCAAAAAAAAAAAUCAGACAGUUGUGUUUCGGAAUAGUAUUGUAAUUUACCAGGCACUUUGAUCAAAGACCAGUACUCACCCACACGGUCUUAACAGCUUCGCCUUCGGGCGACGGAGGCUCGGACAUAAAGCAGCACAGAAGGUUCUCGAGACGAGGCCUGAAUGGGUGAUUUAUCCGGGCCAAGGAGGCCAUUUGAGUCCCUAAUCAGAUAGUGGAAGGCACACUAUAUGCCUCUCUAUAGAGUCAUCCCCAUCUAAAUGGCCACUUGUCCUUUAGGGAGCCACUCUAAAUCACACUUAAUAACUCCACAUUGUGCUCUCGAUUACGCCAGUUUGGCAGUCAAUGCAACUCACUUUGUGGAUAGUGAAACUCCCAAAUAGAAUUACAAAGCCAAAAGACAACAGAGUUAAAGGCCCCGAGCUGGAUGAAUCGAUCCGCUUGUUUGUAAAGAUUCCAUCGAAAUGGCUGAACAUAUUAUUAUUAAUCUUGCACCAUAGUACUUUUGUGUUAUGUUGUCGCAAAUUGGUGUUAUUUAUAGCGAACCUUUCAAAUUUCAUACGCUCACUUGCAAAUCAUCACUAUAGGGUUUUUGUUGUUGUUGUUUAAUCUUCGUUUCUGAAUGUGAUCCAUGUUUAAAAAUCGUUUCUGCAGCCGCCGCUGCUCAGACCUCCCCUGCUUUCCCCAGUCAAGCUCAUAUUUUAUCUCUCAGUAAUGCAUACUGAUGCACACUGUGCCCCCGUGUAAUAUCCUGCCCUAUCUAGACGCUGCCGUGGGCUCCUUGCAGCGUCGUCAUCACUAAUGCACAAGCUUUUCAUCGAUUGUUACAAUCAAGAGGAGGCGACAGUGUUUACUGCAGUCGCCUCACAGCAAGAAGGUCUUGGGUUCGAGCCCCGGGGCGGUCCAACCUUGGUGGGUCGUCCCGGGUCGUCCUCUGUGUGGAGUUUGCAUGUUCUCCCCGUGUCUGCGUGAGUUUCCUCCCACAGUCCAAAGACAUGUAGAUCAGGUGAAUCAGCCAUACUAAAUUGUCCCUAGGUAUGAAUGGGUGUGUGUGUGUGUGUGUGAGUGUGAGUGAGCCCUGUGAUGGCCUGGCGGCCUGUUCAGGGUGUCUCCCCGCCUGCCGCCCAAUGACUGCUGGGACAGGCUCCAGCAUCCCCGCGACCCUGAGAGCAGGAUAAGCGGUUCAGAUAAUGGAUGGAUGGAAGGAUGGCUGGACAGAUGGCUGGAUGGACAAUCAAGAGGACGUUGUCAGAGAUGCACUGCUUUUUAAAUUGAGCACGCACUUGUAGUUUUUGUGGAAACUUGAGCGUUGUCAUCACAACGUCCUAAACAGAAUUGCACGUUUCAAGACUCGUUAGAGGCAGGAAGUGUUUUUUUUUUUUAUUUCUUUUAUAAGAGAUAGGUGCUUGUUGUUGCCCUUCUGCAGAACUGGAAUAGGGGAGAUUUAGGGAGCCAGGUGCAGGGCUCUCAGCUGUCAAUACACAUUCCAACUGAAGAGCACUGGUUUCUUGUCUAGUGCAGCACACAAACACACACACACACACACACACACACAUUUGUGCAUGACACAACCACACCACGUCACUAGAGCCGGGGGGGCUUUCUGUUUAAUAGGAACAGAACUGUGUCCACAGUCAGAAGAUUUAUGGAAAGUCUGGCGUUGCCAGAGCAACGAGGGUGUUUUGUUUUGUUUUGUUUUGUUUUGUUUUUUAUUCUGAUUUCAUUUUAGAGCAGCGUUUAAAGGCCGCUGAACUUAAUUGAAUUCGUCCGGCCACAAAGUGGCUGACGUUCCAAACCAAGGAGCUGUUUUUUUUUUUGCCCCAUGCCAUUACGUUUGUGGGUGACUUUGUGCCCGGCGAUCCGAGGGCGCUGGCUGGCAUCUCGCUUGCUGGGAUCGAACCGGUCUGACGGACCAGAAAACGUCCUUUGGAUGGACACCGCUUCCGUCGAGUUCCAACUACGCGUAGAGACGCCAAGACCGCUGGCGCCGCCCUGCCCUUGCUCCGCGGCGGGCGCGGGUUGCCAGGUCUGCUGCGGAGAGGGCCGCUGCGCGGUGAAUAGGACUUAGCCGAAGCUCUGAGUGCAAAAUCCCCCCCGUAGAGGAGCAGGAUGUUAAGCAGAAAAGUCAUGCUGCAGGAUUAGAGCAUGCUCCGUUCUGUCGGCUUGGACUACUUACUGCCAUAUUUUUAGGCGGAUUGAUGGAGAGAAGCGGGUUCGGGCCGUGAAGCGGAGGAAGGUAAUGCCCUUAUCCUCUCAGAUGUGCUGGGGGAAAGUUUAAACUUGCGUUAUUGGCUGCUCUUUAUGCUAACGUUGCACUUUUGGUGAAGUGCGUGUGUUGAUUAGUGUGUGUGUGUGUGUGUGUGGAUGUAUGUUGGACUUGUGGUUGGAUGUGUGCGAGUCGGUCCCUGUACGUGCAGCGGAGUCUGCAUGUGUACAUUCAUGUGUCCAUAACGACUGAAAUUGUGCACCUUUUGUGUGUGUGUGUGUGUGUGUGUGUGUGUGUAAAUCCGCCGGCACAGGAGGGAAACUGGAGCUCCCACGUGCCGGUGCCGAGCCCGGCCUCCUAUAGAACAAGGUGAUGGCCUUUCCAUACGUGACCAUUCAUGCUGUCAGUCACCCGGUGCUGAAAUGUUACAGGAUCUUUGGUAGCCUGCGUCAGCAGGUGGCUGCUACUUCAGCGAUGCAAAUUCACCUCAACGUUGCAUCAGCGCCACCCACACUACCUUGCAUCUGCCUCCCGCUGAUACCCCGGACGGGUCACUUCCGUCUCCUCGUGUGUAUCGCUUAUUGAGACUUGCGCGACUCUAGACUUGAAACCGCUUUGCCGCACACAUCACACAAAGCAGUGUUGGCGGCACGGUGGCCCAGUGGGUUAGCGCUGUCACCUCACACAGCAAGAAGGUCCUGGGUUCAAAUCCCGGGGUUG